AUGACUAAUAGCCCGCGCAAUGAUGUGGCCAAGCGGGAUAUUUAUGAGGGCUUGAACGACCACACUAUGGUCACAGAUAAAGAAAUGUUCCCGUAUGUGGUUGCUGUACUCAAAAUGGCCAGCUAUCUGAGUGCCGGUGCCAUGAUAAGCGACAGUUGGAUAUUAACGGCGGCCGAUGCUCUCUAUUUAGUCCGUGAAACUAUCAGGGAGCUCCGCGUGCGCAUCGGCAGCGUGAACUACAAAAAGCACGGUUCGGUACUGCCGGUAAAAUACUUCCGAAUACACCCGUACUUCGACGACUCCGGUCCCAGCUACGACUUGGCUCUGGUGAGGCUCGCGGAACCAGCACCUUUGUCGCCCAACGUUUACCCGAUAAGGUUAAGAAGGACAAUGAGGGAGUUGACUGCCACACAUUUCAUAGUCACCGCCUGGCCGCCACGGAGUAAGGCCCAGUCUUCGAAGAGUAUAAAGUACAACUCUUUAGAGUCGAUCCAACGCAACAGGCUACUGACGGUACGACAAAUGCAUCCAAUGGACCCAGAAGACUGUCGCAAACAACAAGAGAAACUCGACAUAAUGGAUAACGGCACUCUAUUAUGUUUAGACUCGUCGUUAGGAUCUGAUCCAUGUGCUAGAGAGGCCGGUGCGCCGGUGGUCUUAAACGGAGUGCUGUGGGGCAUCGUAUCCUCUUGGAGACCGGAAGACUGCAAGUUAAAGUCCGGACCGAGCUUCGUGAACCUUGUCGCCUCGCCUAACGUUAGUUCGUGGAUCGAUGCUGUUGAGAGAGACCUCCACUGGAGACUACAAAGGGUCAAUACUGACGAAGAUAAUUACGUU